GCGCAAUUGUUCACCGAACUUGGUCGAGAGAUAGUUGACAUAGCCGAAGAUGUCAACACGUACCUUGUCAUCCUCAACCAUUCCCUCUCGAACGUUUCUCAAUCAUCCCUUGACGCAACUACACAUAAAAAUCUCCUAAAACAGUUCACGAAUAGUGCGAAUGAUACUGCUGGGUCCAUUACUGCAAUCACUGCGUUCCUCCUGUCAGCCGGAGAUGUGAAGAAGGACUCUCGAGUUCAGUCUUUACUCGCGAGUACUCAUGAUGCCGGAUCCUUUUUGAAGGGAUCCCAAAUGAAAUUCACAUCUUUAUCCAGUUGUCGGGAUCAAGCUCGUCAAGCGCGCCAUGACCUGGCAGGUGCCUUCAAACUCACUGCAUAUGCCUCUGCUCUUGGAAGCAAGUAUGAAGAUGUCGAUGAGAUGAUACAUAAAUACUGUCGUUCCUCUCAGUCGACUUCGGUGGUACAAUCCCUCGUCAAGCUUCACAACGUACUCCCAUUCAGCUCUGGCGGCCCUCAAUUCGAGCCAUCCUUGAUCAAAAAUGAGCAAGACGCCGAUCAAAUUGCUUCAGCUAACACUUCUGAUGGAGUCAAUCACUUGGCUCUCGCUAUGACUCCGGAGGGUAACCGUUGGUUAUCCGAUUGCUCGCCAAACGCAACUGCCGAGUUUAUGAUCCAAAAGCAAGGGCAAUUAGCUACCCUCUUUUGGACUAGCCUAUUGGAACAGGCCAGAAAAGUUCAAAGCCAAGACAAUGAGCCAGCUUUCAGGAAUCUUGAGGCUGCGCUUCGACGUUCGGUAACGCGUCUCACAAACCCGUCAUUAAGAGUGGCCGUAGUUGGGGUGGUCAAGGCUGGCAAAAGUACAUUCAUCAAUUCAAUCAUCGGUCAGGCGAUUCUACCUGCUGCUACUCAAGCCGCUACCGCAUGGCCUUGUCGUAUUCGUCAUGAGCGAGGUAGAAUGACGCCGGUCUUGACCUGCAACCCGGAACCAUUCAACAAAGCACUUUCCGCGAUUCGUGAAGCCGGUAUAAGCCCAUCCAAGCUGGCUAAGUGUACAGAUACCCAAGGUCCGCCAAAAGAAAACGGCCCUGCCGCCAAACUGGAGGAGUGGAAAGAGAUAUGGUUAAAUCUACCUCGAUAUGUCCAGGAAAACACGAAGCUAUAUGAAGGCGGAUGGGUCCUAAAGUCAACCGCUUCGGGUGUGGACGAAAUCGGGAGUUUACUAGCGGAUAUCAAUGACAUCUAUCGGCUUUGCGUGAGAUUUGGCAUACUCUUCAACGAGAUGCAAGCUAGCAAUUCCUGGCCUGUAAUACACGUUCACUUCAAGUCAUUACCGGAUGAGGAGAACGUUCAAUUUGAAGUAGGUCUACAGAACAUGAAGUAA